AUGCCAGCCAAGCUCAACCUGACACCACUCUCCUCCCUCCGCAUCUCAUCACACUACAUCCCCUCGCACGCCCACAUUCCCAACACAACUCCGCACAACCACCCCCUCUUGAUAUACCACUCCUGCUUUCCUCCUUCCACAUCCCCAAGCGCCAUCGAAUCGCAUCUACCCAGCAACUCUAUAACGCCCCAGUGGCGCUACACAAUGUACACGACGUCACACUACCACUCUACCACGCACGAGAUCCUGUGCAUCAUCAACGGACGCGCCAAGCUACUCUUUGGUGGCGAGCAGAACCCGGGCAAGGUGGAGACGGAAGUGGAAGUAGGCGAUGUCGUCAUUGUGCCGGCGGGUGUUGCGCAUCGAUUGUUGGAGGAUGUGGAGGGUGGGUUCCAGAUGGUGGGGAGCUACCCCAAGGGUUGUAGCUGGGACAUGUGCUAUGGCAAAACAGGAGAGGAGGCUAAAGCUGAAGCGGUUGGGAGGGUCAGCUGGCUUGAGAAGGAUCCAAUGUAUGGGGAUGAUGGGCCGGCGCUGUGGGGGAAGGAAAAGCUGGAGCAAAGUGUGAAGAGCUAG